GUGGACACAGUCUAUAACAGGCAUCACAAUGAAAUUGCUUCCGAUUAUCGUAUGUUUGGUAGCGUUUGGGCUAUUGUUGAGCACAGAAAUCAGUGCUCAACGCAAGGCAUUGGGCGGUCAACUCCAGGGCCCGUCAGUGAUGGGGAGACCGCUUCGGUUUAUGCGAAAGGAACCUUCACGACGCGUAUCAACCAGGACCAGGACCAGGAUACAACACAUAAAUAUAAAAUGUUUAGGUCCGGCAAAGCCAGUGGCGGACGCGAGUGUAUUGGCCACACCAAACACAGUGCCCGAGUAGUCCGGCGCGUACUCAGCGAUCACUCCGUACUCACCGCCGCUUAUGAACCCAUAGACAAACAUUCCCACCAAUAG